GGAGUUUUGGAAUUUUAGCUGGUGUCAGUUCGUGAUUUCUAACCGUAAUCACAAACUGUAAAUCAUAAUUCUAAUUCCUCACACAGGUUUAUAACCCUCAUUUGGUCCUGAUUAUUAGGUGGACACCCUCUAGGUCAAUCUGGCGUCGCUCAAAGGUCGUCUAUAAAUUACAGUCUCACCACUAUUUCAAGCUCUAAAAUCCCUACAUAACCUUUUUCUCAGUUUUAUGGCGUGUAAUAUCUAAGCGGUUUUUAUCCGGAAAAUGUCCUUGAGGUACUUUUUUGAAUUCUUUCGAAUUUACUUGGAAUUAGAAGUGUACACUUCCUAUCUAUCAAAUAUAAAACAACUCAAUUUCGGUAAAUUACGGUGUUCGAUUUUGAGUUAUGUUUUAUGAAUUUUGUUAGAUUUCACUACGUUCACAAUCGGACAGUCCCCACAUGGAUCAUAAAAUCAAUGAAAUAGCUGAAAAUAUUAAGCAACGUGGUCGUGAGGGUGCGUAUCCUCUCUUCAAGGAAACGGGUCCGGAAUAUGUGAUGCCGAAAUUUCCGAUUGAGAGGAAAGAGAUGGAAGACCAUAUCUUGGAAUUAAAACUGGCCCGAGCAUUAAGUGUGGCAGACAAUGAUUCUAAACUUCUCGUUAAUGAAGAAAACCAUGAUCUUACCAUUUCGAAUCCUUCAGCUACCUGUAAAGCUAUUAGUUUAGAUGACUGCAAUUCUGUUGAAAGCAUAACAAACGAUCAUGGAUCUGUGUUAUUUAGCAAGAAGAAUAUAUUUAACAAAGAUUCUUCCAACUCUUUAUCCGUACUUCCUGAAACAUCAUCUGAUGAACCAAAUCUUCACUCUAGCCAAUCUACUACUUCAGACGUGAAUACGUCUUUGGAAUCUGGUAACCGGAUGCAACCUAGGCUUACUCAAAACAAUAUUCAGUUUCAAAAUGAGCAGAACUGUGGAGGUUCUUUAUUCCGAAGAUUAUACAGCAUCCCUAGUACAAAUAACGAUGGAUUCCCAAUAUAUUUAGCACCUGCGCCAAAUCCAGGCGUAUUCACAGAUGUAGUUCCUGUUCUCCAAGAAGUAGAAGAAGCGGCUGAAGCACACAUAGAGUCAGCAGCUGUGGAAUUUCAACGUGUUCAAAUCUGCGGGGAUGAUACUCUUGGUGUUCCUGUAGAUGAUUUACAUUUAGCUUCAGAAGCAUUGAUUAAAGCCUUAUUAUUACGUCAAAAAUACAUUACUUCAUCACAACAAUCAUUUCAUUGUACAACUAAACGGUAUUUAAGUGUACUGGAUUCAGGUUCAGUAAAAUUAUUGGAUUCAGAGGAGAAGCAAUAUAAAUCUAUACACACCCCUAUAUUUGAUCAUCCAAUUCAUCCUCCUGGGAAAACUGGUGAUCCUUUCGAGAUAGACUAUUGGCCUGAACCAUUAGAUGUUAAAAUGGAAUUUCGCAAGGGUAUAAUGCACAUCGAAACAUUGUCUGAUUCACCAGACAGAAACCAGGUUAAUUUAAUAAAUGGGACAUCAGAACAUAAUCAUAAUAAUGAAACUGUUGAUGUUGAUCAACCUAUGAAAAAGGAUCUACCAGAAUUUACUAUACCAUCUCUACAGACAUUCUUCUCAGAUUUUGAUACAAUACGUACAUUUGUAGGAGAUGGUCCAUUGAAGUCAUUCUGUUAUCGUCGACUGACUUACUUGGCUUCAAAAUUCCAAUUGCAUUCAUUGCUGAAUGAAGCUCGGGAAUCAAUUGAGCAAAAACGUGUAUCACAUCGUGAUUUCUAUAAUAUUCGAAAGGUUGAUACUCAUAUACAUGCAUCAUCAUGUAUGAAUCAGAAACAUUUACUACGUUUUAUCAAGAAAACAAUUCGUACUAAAUCAGAUGUUUAUGUAUGUGAAGAUCCAAAAACUAAAAAGCCUAUGACAUUAAGUGAAUUGGUUGAUAAAAUUGGAAUUACACUUUAUGAUUUAAAUAUUGACAAUUUGGAUGUUCACGCUGAUCGUAACACUUUUCACCGAUUCGAUAAAUUCAACGCUAAAUACAAUCCCAUUGGUCAAAGUCAACUACGUGAAGUGUUUUUGAAGACGGACAACUACAUUAAAGGCGUUUUCUUUGCACAUGUUCUGAAGGAAGUGUUCUAUGACUUUUCUGAAUCGAAAUAUCAAAAUGCUGAACCACGUCUUUCAAUUUAUGGUAGAUCUAUCAAUGAAUGGGAUAAUUUGGCUAAAUGGGCUAUCGAUUGUAAAGUUUAUUCUGAUAAUAUACGUUGGUUGAUUCAAGUGCCUCGUCUUUUCGAUGUUUAUCACGCCAAAGGAUCGAUGAAAUACUUCCAAGAUAUUAUCACAAACGUCUUUCAACCAUUGUUCGAGGUAACUGUCAAUCCUAAAUCCCAUCCUGAACUACAUGCAUUUCUACAAUAUGUAACUGGUUUUGAUUCAGUGGAUGAUGAAUCGAAAUCUGAUAAAGUUGUAUUCAAUGCAUCAACUCCUACACCGGAUGUAUAUGAUUUAAAUGAGAAUCCUCCAUACUCUUAUUAUAUAUUCUAUAUGUUUGCUAAUAUAUCUCAAUUAAAUCAACUUAGAAGUCAUCGUGGCUUAAAUACAUUCUCAUUUAGACCUCAUUGUGGUGAAGCAGGUAAUAUUAAUCAUUUGGUUACUUGUUUCCUGUUGGCUGAAAGUAUCAAUCAUGGUUUGUUGUUACGUAAAGCUCCUGUUCUACAAUAUCUUUACUUUAUUGCUCAGAUCGGAAUAGCUAUGUCACCCUUGAGUAAUAAUUCUUUGUUUUUGGAUUAUCAUCGUAAUCCAUUGAAUGACUUUUUAGCACGGGGUCUGUUUGUCAGUCUUAGCACUGAUGAUCCUUUACAAUUUCAUUUUACUAAAGAACCAUUGAUUGAAGAAUAUAGUAUAGCUGCUCAAGUAUGGAAAUUCACAUCUACUGAUAUGUGUGAAUUAGCACGUAAUAGUGUUUUGAUGAGUGGUUUUUCUCCUCUGAUUAAAUCUCAUUGGCUUGGACCUAAUUAUACACAAGAAGGUGUUAUGGGUAAUGAUAUAACUCGAAGUAAUCUACCCAACAUUCGCGUUGCUUAUCGUUUUGAAACUUUAACACAAGAAUUACGUUUGUUGUUAAAUUCUGUGUUAGCGAGUCGAACUAGUGGAUCUGUUUCACCUGGUAGUAAUACAGUAAUGCAUUCUCCAAAAAAGAAUCAUAUUUCAACAGAUUCUAGUCGAAUCGAUCAUUUAAAGAAAUGAUUAUUCUUGAUAUAAUAUAUAUACAAUGAUUAUCGAUACUAAUUAGCUGCUAGUAACACUUUUGUCUUUUCUUUUAAAUGUGAAUUCACUUAUCUUAAUUUGAAUUCUUCUUUCUGAAUAUAUUUGUUCAUGGUUUGUUAUGAAUUAAACAGUUGUAACACAUUCUAACAUUCAUAUAAAUAUCUACACUUCUUACAGAUAAAUAUCAUAACGUGGAAAGUAAUUUUUCAUCCACAUAUUCACAUGAUCUACAUUUUUCUUUCUUUCUGAUGUGCUUAUUUUGAUUUAUUAUUAAUUAAUUAAGAGUCUUAAUAUAAGUACCAUUUCAUGCAAAAUAUUUUAUUACUAUUAUUUCCGGGAAUAAUUGUAUCUCACUUACACCAUUCAUCAUUUAAUGAUGAUAAUCCACUGUUUAAACUUUCUCUGCGUUCAUCAAUUCUGAUGAAAUGUUGUUAACACCACAUCUACAAGGAGAAAUUCACUACAUUGAUGAUCAUUUUAAUUGUAUCAUUAAAGAUAAUAAUUUGUGCGCGAAUAUACACACACACAAACGCACAAGUUGAAUGCAUUUACGGUAAAAGUGCAAAUGUUUUAAUACAGUGUUGAUUAAUCUGGUUAAAGAUGUUUAUGUUGCUUUUUAAUUGUGUACGGUAACAAACCUUUGUGUUAUUAUGUAAUAAGAAUGAACUUUGUAAUAUCAUUAAUGUCUAUCAUGUGUUUUUUGUUUGAAAUACACAAUUAUUUGUUCAACCAAUGUUUAUUUUAAAAAUAAUCAUUUU